AUGGGCGCCAAGCAGAGCGGCCCGGCCGCCGCCAACAGCCGCGCGCGCGCCUACUCGGGCUCGGACCUGCCGGCCAACGGGGCGCCGGGCAGCAGCGGCGGCGGGGCGGCGCGGGCCGGGGCCGCGGCCUCCGGGAGGCUCCCGGCUCCGGUGGCCGGCGCUUCGGGCGCAGCCGCCGCCGCCGCCUCGGCCUCGGGCUCGGCCUCGGCCGCCCCGCGCAGCCGCUCGCUCGGCGGGGCCGGGGGCGCCGGGAGCUCCGGGGCGCCGGGCGCGCGCGCCGCGCAGUCGGCCUUGAGCAUCCCGGGCAGCGGCUCCCAGGACUCGGUGCGCAGCAGCCCGGAGGACGGCGGCGGCGGCGGCGGCCUCGGCCUAGGCCUGGGCAGGGACCGGCCGGCCGCGGGGGGCCCGCGCCUGGUGAUCGGCUCGCUCCCGGCGCACCUGUCGCCGCACAUGUUCGGAGGAUUUAAGUGUCCUGUCUGCUCAAAAUUUGUACCCUCAGAUGAAAUGGAUUUGCAUCUUGUGAUGUGUUUAACAAAGCCACGAAUAACCUAUAAUGAGGAUGUGUUGAGUAAGGAUGCUGGGGAAUGUGCAAUAUGCCUGGAAGAACUUCAGCAAGGAGAUACGAUAGCACGGCUGCCCUGCCUCUGCAUAUAUCAUAAAGGCUGCAUAGAUGAAUGGUUUGAAGUAAAUAGAUCUUGCCCUGAGCAUCCUUCAGAUUAAGCAUCAGCAUCCAGUUUUAUAGAUUUCCUUAUCUUUCAAGAUGCUUGAAAAACUGAGUGCACAUGAGGAUUUAUCUCUGGAAAAACAAAACCAGAAAUGCAGGCACACUCAGCCAGAAAUCUGAGUUCUAUGAGACUCAACAAUGCAGAAAUGGACCAUCUCCUAGGGAAAGAAGCUCCUGGCGAAGAGAGGACAAUAGCCACAGAAUUCACUGUACCAAACAUGAGUAUCAAAGGACAAACAGGGAUUUUUGAAAAUGCUGCACAUUCCUCGUCAUCUGCAUAGGCAAUGCUGAUAAACAUGUUGUAUUCAGAUGCCAAAGUUCACUAAUUUAAAAGUUGAUUCACUUUUGUUAAGUUUUAUAGAGUUGUACAACUAGGUUAUUUUUUUUGUGUUUGUGUUUUUUGUUUGAAGGGGGGGGUCUCUUUAUUUUCCCCAACAUAUUUCUGCAUUCAUCUAUUCUUAAAUUGAAGACCACAUAAUAUCUUCUUAGAAGGUCUUAAAUGUGAAACCAGGAAAUGUAAUCAAGCAGUAAAAUAGUAUCCGAAGUACACCAUGAUCUCAAGUUCUUCUGUUUUCCUUCCAAGAGUGGAAAAUAGGCUUCUACCUAGGAAAGCAAAAAUAUGUUAUUUGACAAUUUAACAUGAUCAGAAUGCAGGCCAAAGAGUAAAUCACGUUACAUAAUUACAUGUUAAUUACAUUUCAAUUUGAUUAAAUCUAGUCUCGUCUACGAAAUUGCAAUUUAUCUGAUAUGUUGUUUGUUUUUCAACUGUUCAACAGUUAAUUAACAGUGGACCAUCUUGCAGCCCUGCAACUUUUAAAGAAAUAGGUAUUACCAAUUUGACAUGCUGCCGGCUACAGUAAUUUUGUUUAACGGGUAUUUAUUUUUGUUGGUUCUUUUCAUAUCAUAUUAUUGUGCUUUGCAUCUCCAGAAAGUUCUUCCACAAUUGGGUAAAAUGUUAAUAAUUAGCAGGUUGUAAGCUUAAUAACUUAAGAAAAAGGUGAAAUAAAAUUUUCUUGAGUGGAACUUGAAAUAAUUUGAGGGAUAUUUUAUAUACUUCUAAAAAAAUCAGAAUUUAAUUGGGAUGCCAGAUUUAUAACAAUUUGCACAUUUAAUUUUCAGGUUAUUACAUAAUCUUGAGGUUAGUGUUUGUUUGAUAAAUAUUUUUAAGCAAAAACCAAUAUUUUGUUCAUUUGUAAUUUAUUAAUGUGUUAUUGCUAUAAUUGAAAAUGUUAUUAGAGACUUCCUUAAGUCUUGUGUAGAAAAAAUGAUUAAAAAUUAUGUUAAUAAAUAUUUCCACAAAACACCUGAAUGGCUAAGAAAUGCUGGGAGGUAGUGGGUAUCUUUUAAUUUAAUAUCUCAAGUGCCAGUAAAUAGGUUUUAUGUUUUUAACACAUGGAUAAUGUUCUUUCUGACUAGUCUGUGUGAAAGUUUUACAGGACUGUUCAUCAGUUUUCCUCAGUAGGUCAAAGUAUUUGUAUUUGCGUUUCUUCUUAAUGCUGCUGCUCUUCUUCUCAAAAAUUCCCUCUACUUUAUUGCUUCUGGCCUGUAUUUCAUGAAGGGCAUGUUGAGGAGCAGCUGCUGGUACCCAGAAGGUUGUGCCUUCUGAUCCAUUAAAAGACUUUUCCGUUUCUCCUUA